AUGAAUGACAUUGCGAGCAUCGAGGUGCACAAGCAAAGGCUCGCGUCAGACUUUGAGAUAUCAACAGGGCCAGCAAGGCAGUUAAAAACAGCACUGAACUCCUUCAAUGCAGACAACAAGAUACUUGCCACUGAGCUUCGAGAGUCAGGGAAGCAGAAGGAGCAGCUGGCGAUAAAAGAGGCAUCACUACGUGAUGACAAUGGCAAAGUGAUAUUUUACACAGGGGUAUCAAAUUUCUCGCUUUUCAUGACAAUUUUUAAUCGUAUUGAAGUGGUGGUCAACCACACGCCCCAAUAUAGCUUGCCUAAAUUUCAGGAGUUUGUUCUUUUUUUUAUGAAGUUGAAGUGGAACUUUCCUCUCCAGGAUCUCGCUUACAGAUUUGGUGUUUCGCAGUCCACUGCAAGCAGGAUCCUGGAGAAAUGGCUCCAUGCUGCGUUUUGGAGGCUUAAAUCACAGAUAGUCUGGCCAUCAAGGAAGGCAAUCCAGCAAACAAUGCCACAAGCAUUUGUGGAUUCAUUUAGGGCAAAAGUGGCGGUCGUACUUGACUGUUUUGAAAUCAAGACUGAAAGGCCAUCAUCUUUGCAACCCAGAAGUGAAACAUUGUCUCAAUACAAGGGGAGCAAUACUGCGAAAUUCUUAAUAGAGAUAUCCCCCCAAGGUGUAAUUACAUUUAUAUCUGAAGGCUGGGAUGGAAGGGCGAGUGAUAAACAUAUCACUGAGCAAAAUGCGGCAUACUCGACAAACUAA